UCUCUUUUAUCAACUGUGAGACGUCAAAAAAACAUCAAAACAUAACCUAAAAAAUGUGCACAUUUUACAAGUAAUUGCUUAGUUUUCUUUAUUCACGUUUAUUUACGCAAGCUAAAUGGAUGCUGAAACAAUAAACGUUUCAAAACCAUUUGAAAUAGAGUCACAACUCGACCUGAAAAAGGACGAUAGGAACACCAACUCUGCAGUCAAGCACAAGAAACAGUCGGAAAAUGAGGCUUUGUAUCAAACACAGUAUGAAAAUACUCUUGAUCCUGAUUGCAUUUUGCAAAUAAAUAAACGCUUAAUUCGAGUUGAGUAUCCCGGGGAAGUGAAAAAUGUCAAUAAGGCGUUGGAGACUUUGGGAGGAAUAGAACACAUUGAAACGAGUGUGGCUGAUCAUGGACGUAAACUAGAAUUACACUUUCACCCCGAAAACAAGUACAAUAAAGGCUGUGUUGCGGAUAAGGAUUUUAAACCAGGAAUUUUAAUCAAAGUGAAAAAGAAGUUCCUACAACCUGAACCACCAUCAGAUGACAUUAGUUACGAUGUGGAAGGGGUUUCUGUGAUAAACUUCAGCUUCAACAGGCUUUGUGACUUCCAGUACUUACCUCUAGUGUCAAAAGAACAUGAAACCAAGUCGUCUAAAACAGAGUACAUUUAUGAGAAAAUUGUUCCACAUGAAUUGCCAACUUCUGAAUGGCUUGAAAGCGAAGAGGCACAAAAUAUGGAACAGUUUUUACUUCCAGUUCAGUUUUCACCUUACGACAGUUCUCAAAAAAAACUGAAUGUCGAAAGUGAUAAAAACGACCCUAAAUUGAAACUCAAGGGCCUUACUUGUGCCGAAUCUAAAGUCAGUUCAAAGGAGCAGAAAAAUGUUUGCAGGAUAUUCGGGAAAAAUAGGCAACAAACGUCAAUUUUUGUUACUUUUCAAGACAAGGAAAUACCGACGGGGCCCUUAGAAAGCGCUUUGAAACUUCUGAAGCACAGGAAUUUGGAAGAACGCAUUGAGAGGGUCAAACAAUUGUUUGAGGAGAGGCCCAUCUGGACGAAGGCCGCCAUUCGAUACAACACAGGUCUCUCAGACGAACAUUCCAAAAUAAUUCUCCCAGUCGUUGCUUAUUAUUUUAGCAACGGCCCUUGGCGAAUUUCCUGGGUCAAAUUCGGUUACGACCCUCGAAAGGACCCAAAAGCGCGAAUAUACCAAACACUAGACUACAGAAUACGAACAGCAGAAAGUACAAAAUUAAAAGUUACGGCAAAAAGGAAUUAUGCCGGAAAAACGUCCGAUUUUUUGGGCUCUACCAACGUUAAGAAAAUAUCCCUGAAACACGACAUGUCGGCAAAGCCCAAAAUGGAACUAGAUGAGAGAUACUACGUUUUAAGACCGUUAACAAUCCCACCUGCGAGACAAAUGUUCUAUCAAUUGUGUGACUUGAUCCUACCGCAAAUUCAAGAAAAAAUUUCGAGGUUGCCCAAGUGUUCGGGUGGUUAUUGCGAUUCCAAAAACGGUUGGUUGCCUGAUAAUUUUAUCAGGGAUUGCCGCAAAAUCGUCAAUGAUCACGUGUUGGAAGCCGUCCAGAGGGAGUUACUUGAAGAUAAAAAGUUUCUCCAGGAAAAAACAUCAAAGGAAAAGGAGCGCAAAAAGGAAAGUGGGUCAAAUCUGGACUAUUACAACCAAAUGUUGAGCAAUAUUAAGAAAGGGAUUUACAAAAAUGUGGGGCUCCAGCCGGCUUACGUCCCCAAAGAUUUUGAUCCAGGCCCGUCUAGUGAACUGAUCAGUUUGUCAAGUGACGAAGAAAACGAACUAACCGUCGGCGAAAUAAUCCAAAGUUCGAUCCCUGAAAAAGUGGACGAAGGCGAAGAGGAGGAACAGUCCAUCAGCGAGUCGUCAGACGAAGCGGAAAUUGACAUGGAAGCGGUGCAGGAAAUUAACGAAAUGAUUUCGCAAUUCAAUGUAAAAAUGUAACACAAUUUCGAUUCUUUCUGUAUUUCUUCUUAUAAAAGAUCAAUUAUUGUA